GCAGUAGGUGAACGCAAACACCGCCUGGGGCGGCAGCUUCCCGGAGGUGGGGCCGCACCGGCACAGGUGGAAAGGCUGAGCCUUCCCCGGAGCGGUGUGCUGCCCGCCCGAGAUCACCCCCUCGUCUCCUGCCCCACGCCAGCCUGGCCAUGGCGAGCACGGACGGCGUGGGGGGCCGGAGGAAGAAUUUGGCCCUGCUGCGGCACAGGCUGUACAUGGGGGAGAGGAGGAGGACGGAGCCCGUGGUGGAGAGCAGCGGGGCUGGGGAGCACGGUGCCUUGCGCAGGAGUCAGUCAGACAGGACGGAGUACGGCCAGAAGCUGCAAGAAAAAAUGGCCCCACAGUCAGGAUCCACAUCCUCUGCCACCUUGCCACGGGAGGAUGAGGAAACUACCAAACGCAUGAUGGCCAAGAGGGUAAAAAUCAUUGCAGAGCUGAUGCACACAGAGAGGGACUAUAUCAGCGACCUGGAUCUCUGCAUCAAGGAAGUGAUUCAGCCUCUGAGAAACAAGCAGAUUGCUCACUUUGACGUGGAUGGCUUGUUUAGCAACAUUGAAUCAGUCCAUCAAAUAUCAGCCAAGCUGCUGUCACUGCUGGAAGAAGCCACAACAGAUGUGGAACCACCCAUGCAACUAAUCGGGGAAGUGUUCUUGCAGAUUAAAGGCCCACUAGAAGACACAUAUAAAAUCUACUGCUAUCGCCACGAUGAUGCACACACCAUGCUGGAAUCCUAUGAAAAGGAUGAAGAACUGAAGCAGCAUUUAAGACACUGUGUACAGUCCUUAAAAAAGAUGUACGAGGAAGAAGGAAAGCCAAACCUAAUGGACAUGGGAUCCCUGAUGAUCAAGCCUGUACAGCGGGUAAUGAAAUAUCCCUUGUUACUCUGUGAACUGUUGAAUUCAACUCCUGUUUCUCACCCUGACCACAAAGCACUACAGGAGGCCCUUUCUACUAUGAAAAAUAUUAAUGUGAACAUCAAUGAACUCAAAAGGAGGAAAGAUUUAGUGCUGAAGUAUAAGAGGAACGACGAUGAUGAAACCCUUAAAGAAAAGUUUUCCCGACUGAAUAUUCACUCCAUUAGCAAGAAAUCCAAGAGGGUCACCAGCCAUCUGAAAAUACUGACAGGGGGAGAACCUCAGGUGAAAGAUCAGACAUUCGAUAAGGAAGAAAAGUUGUUUCGAAGCUUAGAGAAGACUGUGAAAUCAUGUGUGAAGAACAUUUCAUUAUCCUCACAGCAUCUACAGGAUUCCAUACAUCUGGCUGCACAGAAUAUAACUGGGCUUCAGGAAAUCUUGCAAAAUGAAGAUGAUGAGGCUAACAAACACGCAAAGAAAAUGAACAACCCUACAAAUCUCUGUGAAGACCUUAUGGCUCAACUAGACAAGGUUGUUCUGACUCCUCUCUCAGCACUACAAGCCUUGUUUUCAGGCCCACAGAAGCUCAUCCAGAAGCGCUAUGACAAAUUAUUGGACUACAACAGCUACCUUCAGAGGUCAACAGGAGAAGAGCUUGAUCUAGCAAAGAAAGACUAUGAGGCUUUAAAUGCACAGCUAGUGGAAGAACUUCAGGUAUUCAACACAGCAGCCAAAAAGAUUGUGUUGAACUGUCUGUAUUUCUUCAUUACCCUCCUCAGAAAUAUUAUGUCUGCAGCACUUCAAUCAAUUUCUGCUGCGGUGGUGCCUGUUCCACUAUCCUCCUCAAGCAUCUGUGAAGUGCAGCAUCAGUUGAUGGAGGAAGUUCACAAGCUGAAUUUUGUGAAGGAGAACAGCAGCGCAACCUUCAUUGAAAGAAAACUGAGCUUGGAAAAAAAGAAACCUGUCCCCUCUCCACUCGAAUCCCCACGCCAAACAGAAGACCACAGGUCCAAGCUGCUGUCUACAUACAGCGCAGAACUGCUGUAUCAAGCUAAGCGCAAGUGCAAUGCCACGCAGGAAUUUGAUAUUGAUCUGCAUGAAGGAGAAGUGGUGGCUGUUGUGGAGCAAAAGGAUCCCUUCCAAAGUACUAGCAGAUGGCUUGUUGACACAGGAAUCCUCAAGGGAUACGUGUAUUCCUCCUUCCUGAAGCCUUUCAAUCCAGCCAAAGCGCAGAAGGACGUAGCAGAGAACAACUUCUGUGGUGAUGAUUUUGAUAUCAGCCUCUUUGUCUCUUCACGGCCCUCCUCCGACAGCAGCUCAAGUUCAGGGCACAAGAAGAGUGACAGCGACUCAUCUCUUCACUCCUGUGAAAAUCCCACAACUAAUGGCACAGGGGCUGGAGGUUCUCAGGAUAUGGAUGAUCAGCAUACCUUCUAUGCUGUUCAUGCAUUCCAAGCAAGAAGUGAUCAGGAACUCAGUCUUCAGGAGUACCAGAAGGUUAGGAUACUUCGCUUUUCUGACCUGAGUGGCAAUAAAGAAUGGUGGCUAGCAGAAGCCAAAGGUCAGAAAGGAUACGUACCAUCUAAUUAUCUCGGAAAGAUGACAUACGCUUAGGAACAUAAAGGUCCAUUCAGCCAGUUGCUAUGAAGCAGGCAAUAAUAAUCUAUUAUGGUGUGCAGAAAGCAAGACAAACUUACAAGUGAUUGACAGAAGCCAUGGCACCUGGUACAGCACACACAUGAUACUGAGGACCUCUGUUUCCCAAAAGCCAUCACCUUGUCAAGACCUCCGGGAGGAAGCAAUUAACAGGAAGACCGAUUCUGAUUAACACCCCAAAGGGCUUGCUCUUCCUAUUGCCCCAUAAUUUUUGCUUUCAAAGAGUCCUACAUCCAAAUUCAACCUACAAGUUCACAUCACAGCUGAAGUUACAUUCCCCCCUCCCCCCCCCCCAACAUUCAGCAAAUAAUAUUCAAGAUGAAGACAGCCAGCCUUGAAAAAGGACAAAUUCAGCCUUCAGGGAUUUUCGAGUUGUUCUUAAAUCUCUACCUUGAUGAAUAUAAACACAGCUCCAAACUCAAGCUUUUGGGUCACCUGUCUUUAUCUCCAGCCACUUUUUUUUUUUGUAAAGAAUCUUUUUUCUCAGUUGUGAAUAUUAGAGUAGGAAAAGAAAAAAGGUUUCAUUUUUGUAGGACGCAUUUCAGUUUAAACCACACUGAUGCUGCUGGUAUCAGUAGCUGGACUCAGAGAUGAAGGUAUAUUUAGUUAAAUAUAGAAGUGGAGUGAGAAAAAAAAAGGGAAGAAACAGGUAACAUGAAAUAACGAGGUUAUUUUCAAGAAAAUAAAUUUCAUAACUACUUCAUAAGGUAAGAAACAGCUUGCAGCAAUAUGAAUGCGCCUCAGGUUUAAAAUGACUUUUCCCCACACUAGCUGCUUUUUAGUGUAAGAUCCAAGUAGUGAAAGGACUUGUACUAGAUUUAGGAAAUCUAUUAACAUUUGAGAAAAAAAAAAGUCAAGCAGUGCCAUUCUAAGAAUAUUUACUGCCUAAGUGAUUCUUUAGGUCAGAUACAGGAAUCAUACUAUCAAGGGAAUACACUGAGAUUUAAGAUGUAUCAACAUUUAACUUCCCAAAAAGAAAAAAAUCAUUCUCAUACUGAAAGCACCUUAACAUUAAACAUGCAGGAAUCAGGAUAUGGAACUCAGAACUAUUGCAAUCCAAUGACCACUAAGAACAGAUACGUACAAGGUUACUUUACUUGUACAUAACCUUAUGCACUUACAUCUUGCUGUUUCAUAGCAAGCAAAAAAAAAACAUUCAUCCAUGGAUGAAGCUUUUUUUUUUAAAAAAAGAAAACUUUACAUUUAGGUAAAUGAAGAAAAUAAAGUGAAGGAUAGGGAUGAAAGGGAGGAGCGCAUGACCUUGGAUGAAUGAAUUGUAUGGAUUACUAUCAAUUUCACCCACUGAGACUGCACUGCUCUGGUGCUUAAAUUGUAAGAUUAUGGGGAAGAUGUACACAAGAAGCUUUUCAGCAUGUCUUACAUUUCAGACUGCUGUAUUUGUAGAUAUUCUAUACUUUGCAGUAGUUGAAACAGUUUUAGAAAUGACUGAAUUGUAUUUAAUAGUGCUUACACGUCUGCAUUAAGUCAAGCUAUGUUUUAUAUUUCAAACCAGGAAGUUAAGUAAGGGCAAGAGUCAGAAUAAAAAAGGUUUCUGUAGUGUUAGUUCUCAGAACUCAGCUUGAGUCACACGGAAGGCUCUGAUUUUGAGUGUUAUGUACAUUCUCCAUGAAAAAUCAGGCUCUGUGAAGGUGUCUCUAAGCAAGUUCACAUGCUGCUUUCCAAACUGUUCAGUAGGGAUCCUGAAGUAACAAGAAGGAUGAAGUAACAGUGACACUGUUUCUUUAAAUAUAUGUAGGAUUUCAGAACUUCUAGGAGGAUUCGAAUAAGCUAUGAAAUCCCACUUGAUGGUUAGCACCCUUAAAAAUGUUAUACUGAGGGCUAAUUUAUGUGACUUCAUUAAACAUAUUUAAAAUCUUUACAGUAUCUUGGGAUUCACUAAAAAAUGAGCAGGUGUUCCAGUGGAUUGGCUUACUUAACCACCUCAGAAAUUCAAAGUCUUGUGUAUUACGGUUUGGUAUUACAGGUGUCUCACGAUCUUUUCUUUCGUUUAAAACAAAUGAAAAUCCAACUUCAAUUAUAGCAAAACCAAGAGAUGCUCUUUGAAUUAAAGCCUUCCUACAAUAAAGAGAUUUACAACCAUUCAAAUUAGACUUGCUCGGAUGCAUUUUUGUUAAGGUCCUGCUUUCAGUACUACAAAUUCUGAGCUAGGUUAGGACUCCAGACAUUCUUAAAAGCUGUGUAAUAUUUUUGCAGCUGAUUCUGUGAUGUAAAGAAGGUUACAAUAUUCUAAGAAUUUCCUUGUUCUAAUUAGUGACAAAACUAAUUAUUUUGACUGAAGCAGGAACAGGCUGCAGUUUAAUCCUGCAUAUGCUCAAAUACGCAUUUUAGUUACUUGAACCACUGUGAUAGUAAGCACGUACUUCCAGGACUGGGUCUGUUCAAACUGAAGUGUUUCUCCAUUCAUGGAUGUUUAAGUGUUGACAUUGGUCACCUGCAACCCUGCAGACAUCCAAGCCAACAAACAAUACAGUGUCUCUUGUUUGAUCUUUGACAACUGUGCUGCCUUCCCUCUUAAUCCUUAACUAAGGAUUUACCUUUUCAAAACAAAAACACAUGGAAGAAUUCUUCCUUCUGACUUCUAAUUGAGUAAUUAUGCCCUUCAAAUACUAAAAUAUACCUUUGCUGUCAUUUUAAGAUAGAUUGUAAAAAAAUGCCACCUCUGGACUAGACCUACAAAAAAAAGUCAUAAUGCUUGUGCCUAUAACUCCUCCUACAAUAAUGUUUGUUCAGAAAUUGUGAAAAUAAUCUUUUUAAAUUAUUGUAAUAAAAAAUAUUUUCCUAA